UCCAUCACUUCCAGCCAUAAACUCUUUCACUCGGGAACAGGCUUCACAGAUUUCACAUGACAAAGAACCGUAGGAGUCGCCUCACCACCAAAAGUCUAAGUGCAAAGUAUAAAGUAACAUCCAAGUUAACAUUCAAUUCAACACCCAAUACCCAACAUCCAACACUGCUCUACAUCAAUACCUCUUCAAAAUGUCGGCUUCACUUGCACCUGAAUGUAAUGAAGUCAAGGAGUAUGUACAUGGCUUCUAUCUUUGAUUCUGUUCUAUUAUAUUCUAUUUGUUAGGUUUAGAGAUGCUAAACAUUUCUUAAAGACGAUAUGAUUCGUGCUUCUUGAAGUGGUACAGCGAAAGUACGUACAUUCGGCAUUUGAAACACAUAUAUAGACUAAACAUCUGUAGAAUACCUUCGAGGUAAAGGUACGACAGAUGAAUGCGAAGCUUUAUUCAAAGAUUACAGGAAAUGCUUAACGGUAAGCUUGGAAAAAUCUUUCAGUAGUUCUGAACGAUUUCCAUUCUAACUGAUGUAGGGUGCUUUGAAAGAGCGUGGUAUCGAUAAAAUGCUCGAAGAGGCACGGGAAGAUCAUAAGGAAAAUGAUGCUGUAAAUUUGAGGCGACCUUGUGAGUUGUCCAUGUUCUCUUCAAAUAUAAUAACUAAUGGUGAACUAGGAUAAAGGAUAUGCAUGAUACCAUAUUGUACAAAUACCACUACAUACCUAUGCAUGGGAAAGGAGUCAGGUUGGUCUUGCAGGUUAACGUUCUACUCUUAUUGGAAGGGAAGGUUGGAAGUAUCUCAAAUUGCAUGACAAUGGAGAGAACGGGAACAUUCAUAUCCAUUGGCAAAAUAUACUAACAACACAUCAUCAAUCAACAAUACUUGCCUUUGUACAUGGUCUACCAGCCAAUAUACACAUGACUUUGAUAGCUACCGAUUUUUGAAUGGAAGAUUUAUUUCGGGGAACAUUUUUAAUGAUUCCAGUCCUGGAUCUAGUCUCUCCGAGUAAGUCGCUAUAUCAUCAUCCCCUUGAUCUUAAUAUUAAUUAUAUCGAUGACAAGAUCGAUGGCCCAAACACCAUCAUCUUCAUCUCAAGCUACACCCUAAACAUA